GAGAGAGAGAGAGUCAGUGGGGAGUGAGAAGCAUGGAAUGCUGUGAUGUCAUCAACCCAGACACACACACACAAAGACGAGGAGGUCCCACAGGCUCUCUGACUCUCAGCUCAGUUAGCACACUGUUGUGGAGCGGCAGCUCUCUACAUCCCACUAUUUUCCCAAAGAUGGGCUUCAAAUUUAAAGAAAUAUAACAUCUCAUCAGGGUUGGGAGCACCAGUCACAAAGGAAACAGGGUUUUGAAUGUGUGUGUUUGUUUAUAUCUGUGAGAGGAUAUGCAUGUGUUCUGAUUCACCCAGAAAACUUUGUGCGGUUCGUUGGUAGGGUUAGAAGGCAAGAAUCUAACAGCAUGAGACCAUAAACCAGUACGGUAAAACAUCCACCUCCAGCUGCUCCCUGAGACUUUUCCUACUUCUACCAGUUUCAUCAAGUUACCAAACCACUCCACCGCCAAAAUGCUGCAGCAGAUUCUAAACGACAUGUACAUCGACCCCGAUGUCCUGGAAGCUCUGAACGAGGAGCAGAAGAAAACGCUUUUCCUGAAGAUGCGGCAGGAGCAGGUGCGGCGCUGGAAGGAGCGGGAGGAGAAGCUGGAGAUGGAAGGAGGCGACAAGCGAACAAAACCAAGAAAAGCCAACAGUAAGAGCGUGAGCUGGAUGCUUGGCCGGGACGGAGAUGUUUCAGUCCUUGUGAUUGGAGAAGUUGAUGAACUGACUUCCAAAUUCAUCAACUCUGGAUUUGGAGACAAGAAGACACCAAGUCUUCAGAACAAUUUGCGCCACCAAACUAUCUUGAAGAGCCCAACAAUCACACAGGAUGUCAAAAGUGUGUGUCAGAGCGUCCCUCAGAAAACGCAACCUGCAGUCUCCAUAAAUUCAAAGCCCCAGGAGAAGGCGCCCAGUCCAACCAAGGAGAAAUCUGUCUCCCAGGCCCCCAUGUGCUCCAGGCUUUCCGCAAGAGACAUAAUGGGACCUGCUUCCGCUAGCUCCACACCGGGUUGUAUCAACACGAGGCCCGGCAUAGGAAAUCUAAAGCCAGCAGCCUCUACACCAUCAUCCUCCACCAUGGGCACUGUCCAAUUAGACUCUGCAUCAGCAUCCACAUCUAAACGUAGCCCAUGUUCCGAGGAGCCCCAGAAAGCCCAAGACUUGACGACUGGUAAAGAAACCAGUGCUCUGGAAAAAUUUCGGAGGGCUGAGUCAGCGGAGGCUGGGAAAUCACUGAAUGCAGCGCGUUUCAGCCGGGUGGCUCUUCUUAAGAAAAACUUCAGUGUUGACAACCCGGGCCGCGCCAUUAAGCCCCCCCUUCCCACAAAGCCAGACCACUUGCGUCUAACAACCACACCCACCAUCAGGUAAACCAUGAAUAUCAAUGGACACUCUCCCACCUGCAUCCAAGAGUCCCUCUGCUUAAAGUAACGGCGCACAGGAUGACCCAUGAAGCCAAACGUUUAACCUCCGUUAGAGAAAGGAGAACUCGCUGUCGCUCUUUUCCCAAAACCCAGAGAGUCACAUGUUUAAAUGCAGAGAUCUAUUUUCAUUCUGUAAAUGUCUUUAUUGGGAAAGACGAAACAAAAUGGCUGAUUGUUUUGUGACAAUUCUUUUACCUUUAGUGAAAAAAUCAAGAUAUCUAAAGAUUUCUUUCAUUGAUGCUUUACACUGCGUGAUGAGAAACAUUUACAAUUGUAUUUAAUUCACACAAUAUGAACACAUCAUUAUGUCACCUAUUGCAUAAUUGAAAUUGAAUAUUUUUCAAGUUUAUUUUCCUCUUGGUUUUUGUGUGUUAGAAGAAAAGAAAGGGCAUUGGCGAUUGGUGCAGAGGGGUGAAAGCAGGUACAGAAGGGUCCUCCCUCAUCUUAUAGUCUCCUCCCAGGGAAUAGUGUCAACUUGUUUGUCACACUGCGAUGUACGUCUCCCUCUGCCACCUGGCAGGAGUCUCACUGCAACUCAUGGACCAAUGAUGGUGCCAAACGCACACUCAUCUGUCACUCCCAGUGGAUCAAAUCCUGGCAAGUUAGACAGUCGCUGCCAAACAAUCCAGCUCUUCGCUGUUCUUUUUGUCAUUUGUUGUUUUUGAUAUGAUUGGAUGUUGUCUUUUGUUUUGAUCUUUUCUAUUUGGAGGCACAUUUUGUAAUGGGGAAAUUUGACAUUAGCACAUUGCUCUUUUUUUAAAUGAGGUAUGUCAUAAUCUCUGAUGUAAAGAUUGAAGGGUGCGGUAAAGUAAGAAAUAAAAUGUUUAAAGGAGACUUUCUAA